AUGGUCAGUUUGCAAUUGCCUUCCCACCCUCAACCAGCCAACCAAAACUUCCAGCGCCCCACAGGCAUGCGUCUCUACGCGUCUCGGUUCACGCCCCUGAUGGCGUACCUCCUCGCCACACAUGGGGUAGCUGAAGCUUCAUCGUGCAAGACGCUGCUUGAUUCCGACAGCACGCUGGCCAAGUCCCUUUCGUCCUGGACCGAAACAGACUUGACUUCAAUCGACUUCCCCACCGUCUUCAAGGAGAUCGACACGGCCCUUCCUUGGCUGUCCAAGUGCAUCGCCGCCAUCGACCCCAAGGCCGUCUACACGUCACUCGCCAGCUCCUCCGCCGUGAAGAACAGUCUCUCCGUUCUCGAGAACUUUGGCGGAGAUCUCAGCACUGCGGACGGUUGGUCAAGCAUCUGCACCUUGUUCGAUGGCACCAUCAAGCCGGAUGUCGAGACCGUUAUGAAGGACGUCGUCAUGGACGCCCUCAACAGUGUGGACGGCUGCUGCGACGACUUCCUGAGCGAAGUUAAGACGCUAAUGGUCAGUUUGCAAUUGCCUUCCCACCCUCAACCAGCCAACCAAAACUUCCAGCGCCCCACAGGCAUGCGUCUCUACGCGUCUCGGUUCACGCCCCUGAUGGCGUACCUCCUCGCCACACAUGGGGUAGCUGAAGCUUCAUCGUGCAAGACGCUGCUUGAUUCCGACAGCACGCUGGCCAAGUCCCUUUCGUCCUGGACCGAAACAGACUUGACUUCAAUCGACUUCCCCACCGUCUUCAAGGAGAUCGACACGGCCCUUCCUUGGCUGUCCAAGUGCAUCGCCGCCAUCGACCCCAAGGCCGUCUACACGUCACUCGCCAGCUCCUCCGCCGUGAAGAACAGUCUCUCCGUUCUCGAGAACUUUGGCGGAGAUCUCAGCACUGCGGACGGUUGGUCAAGCAUCUGCACCUUGUUCGAUGGCACCAUCAAGCCGGAUGUCGAGACCGUUAUGAAGGACGUCGUCAUGGACGCCCUCAACAGUGUGGACGGCUGCUGCGACGACUUCCUGAGCGAAGUUAAGACGCUGUUCGGUGGGGACGCGCUCGACGACAUGGUGACGAAGCUUCUGGAGCUUGGUCUCAACACCGAAUGCAGCGAGAGGACGUACACGAACCUGAAAGGCACGUCGACCAAAGAAGUCUGCGGCUACUCCAUCUACAAGUCCUUCACUUUCAUCGAGACGGACGACGAUACUGUCUCGCUGUUGAACCUCGCCCAAAUCCCCAACGACCAGAUAUGCGACGCGUUCGCCGGCAAGGCCUUCACCAACACCAAGGGCGCCUCGACCACGAUCGGCUUCGGCACUAACGGUGCGGACGCCAUGGGCAUCUGCCUCGAGCCCAUUGACACGGCGAUGCAGUACUUCAAGUCUUGGGGGAUCUUCUCGGAGGCCGUCGACGCCGACGGUACGAGCGUGUCGCUCUCCGACCUCUUCACCUCGGGCAAGUCGAUCCGUGGCAACUUGCUGUUGGAUUAUGCCGCCUCAGAGUUGGGCCUGCCGCGGAUGGGACUACGAGCCACCGAAAAGGUGCUCUUCGCACUGGGCGCCGUCUCCACCGACGACGGUGACAGUGAGACCUUCCUUCAGGACGGAUUCGUGGAGAUCCUGGACGGCAUGAACUCAUACGCCAAAGCGCUGCUGCUGCACGUCCCGAACAACGGCAGCUGCACCUUCUCGGACCAGUCGAUCACGCUGCCGUACGCGGAAGCUGCAUCUUCGGUGAGCACUGGCACCAGUGCGGCCUCGUCGGUCAAGCUGUCGGGUGUAAUGACUGCGAGUGCGGUGCUGGCCUCGUCGCUCCUCGUGAGUGUGCUGCUUUAAUCUAGGCCUUCAGCACCCAGCGGAACAAAAGUAAUUCUAAAGAGUGCUCAAAUAAUCAAGCCGCAAGUAUAAAUACAAAUACAGCGCGAUGGGCAGUUCCAUAGCUCUGCACUGCUUUCGAGGU